ACUAUGGGAAGGAUAUUUAUCGAAGUGGAGGGCCAGAUCUCCAUGAUUUCAUCUCCUCUGGGUUUGUCACACUAGGAAGAGGACACGUGAAGGAUGACCAAGAACAAAAUUAUAACCACCUGAUACUAAACAGUGCAACCCAGACACCUCCAAAUGAAAAACCACGGAUGAACAAUAUCCUCACUUCUGCCACGGAGCCCUAUGAUCUCUCCUUUUCCAGGUCCUUCCAGAACCUCUCCCAUCUCCCGCCAUCCUACGAGGCUGCAGUCAAGACUAACCCAAGUAAAUAUUCUUCUCUGAAGAGAUUAACUGACAAAGAAGCUGAUGAAUAUUACAUGAAGAGGAGACACCUUCCUGAUCUGGCAGCACGAGGGACCAUCCCUUUCAAUGUCAUCCAAAUGUCUCAGAAACAGCCCAACCACAGAGAACGGCCCCACCAACCCAUACGGGCUAUGUCCCAGGACAGGGUGCUGUCCCCUGAGAGGGUCAUGCCCGAGGAGUUCAGCAUGUCCUAUGAACGGAUCCUCUCUGAUGAACAGCUUCUGUCCACAGAGCGCCUCCAUUCCCAAGACCCCCUGCUCUCCCCAGAGCGCACAGGUUUCGCAGACCAGUCCAUGUCGCGUGCAGUGUCACACACAGACGUCUUUGUUUCUACGCCUGUCUUGGAUCGCUACAGAAUGACAAAGAUGCACUCCCAUCCCAGUGCCUCAAAUAACUUGUACAACACCUUAUGUAUGAACCCGACUUCUGCCAAGCGCCAGGCAUUCGCCUCCCGACGGCACAAUACGGUGGAACAACUGCAUUAUAUCCCAGGACACCACCACCAUUACCGCACAGCGAGCAAAACAGAGGUGACUGUUUGAUAUGACACUGUGCAUUGUAGAUAAUCAGUAAGGACUGGUGUGACCCCAGCACCCCAAACUGCAGUGGCCUUACAGGCCAAGAUAACCUCUAACUGAGUGUCUGAAAAGACUUUUCCGACAGUCACAUCUGCAUUGUUUUUAAAACCAUUCUCAUGUUGUUGACAUAAGAAGAAAAAAUGAGCAAUUGGAGAGAAUCCCCAACAUGUGCCAGUUUCUGUCAAAGAAAGCCAUAGCAGCAGGUGGCACCUUCCAAGGGCAUAUCUGCUGUAACUCAUUUGGUUUUAUGAAUUUAGGACUUUUAAACUUCAAUUGCUCCAAUUCUCACAGAGCCCAUGGUAGGUUUGCAGCAUCCUAGCCUGGCAGGAUGGGGCCAUGUCACCAUCUCUCACACCAGCCCUUUUGGCCAGUACUGAAUUUUUCAGUGACUACUUAUAUUGCUCUUAGCUGCUAAUAGUCACAGUCAAGCAUUAGAUGCUAGGAUGUCCCCCAGGUAACUGUUGUUCUUCCUGAUUUAAAAGUCAAAGCUUACUAGGGGACUGUCAGAUCUAGUGACACGAUUAGCCUAGAUGAUAAAUGAAGUCUUGUUUAUAUUAAAUAUACUCAUAAAACAGAAAUAUAAUAGUGCCUACAAAUCACCUGCUCUCUCAGUAUAGGAAGUAGUGGGGUUGACGUGUCAAUAAGCACAGUUAUGCUGAACUGCUCGUUAGGCCCUUUCUGCACUCAUCCUAAUUUCUGCAGUCUGUAAACAGAAAACGGGUGGGAUUUCAUUGGUUCAGCUUCUUGCCAACAUGAUGCCGAAGGCACCAAAACUCACCAUCAUUCCAUUGCUAAAAAGCACUUUGGGUGAAACACUGGCUCUAUUGAAAUGGUAAAACUCCCAUUGACUUCCGUGGAGCCACGAUUUCACCAUCCUAUUAACAUCUCGUCCCAAUUCAAUUCUUCAGCUCUGUUUCUGAGCCUAAUUAUUCCUCUCAGUGAGAAAAGAGGACUCACCAUUUCAGAGGAAUGGCAAACCCUCUGCUAAAUCUGUUUGAACAGAGACAGACAGAAAAGUUUGUCUAUUAACCCAAAUCUAGAUGGAUAUUUUCCAAUCAUCGUCUGAGCAGACAGUUACAUUUCAUGUGCAUAAAUUAUAUAUCUAACAUAAUUAUACUAACUGGGCACGUUGUAUAUCUGAUGUGUAAUACUAAUUAGAUAUAGAGUAUUUGUAAAUUCUUUCAAAAAUAGACUCAUGGGUCCAAAAUUUGUGAAGUGUUUUGUAUCUCACUCUGUAUUUACAUUCUGUAGAACUAAUUCAAACUAGGACAUACCUCUGUGCACUGGGAAGACUCUCAGAGCUUUCAAAAGGCAGGUCAGCAUCCCAGACCAAGUGAUGGCCUCUGUGACCAUGUUAACAACCCUUCAACAGUUGCUCAAUAUGUCACACAUUCAGUUCCCAUCACAUGAGCACGUUUUCCCAACUGGCAGAAUGGAGCCCUCUGCCUGGAUAAGAUCAUGAAUGACUUCAGAUUUUAAAUGCACAUCUUAAUAAUUGCUAAUUUAACUAGCCCAUCUCUCUGCCUUUCCCCCACAUACUCAAUAACUGCCCCUCCCUCUCAUACCAUAUAAAUGCCCCCCAUAUCCCAUAAAUUGCCCCUCCUCUUACCCUGUAACUAGCUGUCUUUGCCCCUCCCCCACACUCCCCUUAAAUGACCCCUCUCUGCCCCUCCCCCACAGACCAUGUAACAGGUCCCUCUCCUAUUCACUUUAAUUAGCCCCAUAUACCUAGUAACUCCUGCUCCUCCUCAUAACCCUCAUACCGCAUAAAUGCCCCUUCCCCCUCAUAUCCCAUAAAUGGCCCCUCCCACUUAUAUACUAUAACUAGCUGUUUUUGCCCCUCCCCCGCCCUCUCCUUAAAUGGCCCCCCCCUACUCACUUUAACUAGCCCCUUUCUCUGCCCCUCCCCCAAAUACCCUGUAACUCGCCCCUCUCCCACUCCCCGUAGCAAGCCUCUCCGUCUCUCCCCCCCCCCCUCUUAUCUCACCCCUCCUAAUGCUGCUUUGACUCCCCCCCUGCAGAGCACGUGUGUGGUGUGAGAUGCUCCCUGGCUC